AUGUCAAUAAUCCCAACCAUCACGUUCAAGGCGGGCCUCUGUGAGGUGGAUUCGUCAAGCCGGCCGCACAAGGUAAAAGCUCAGCCCGAGCCGGGCUACAUCUUUCUGUACGCCGAAGAUGAACUCAUGCACUUUUGUUGGCGGCCACGGGACGUCCUGAUGGACGACGCACCGCUCAACCUCGUCAUGGUUCCCGGCGACGGCCGCUUUAUUCCCUAUGAAGGCACGGGCGACCAUGCCUCUUCCAAGACCAACGGCCGCAUCUUUGUCCUCAAGUUCGAAUCGUCCUCCCAGCGCCACCUCUUCUGGCUGCAGUCCAAACCCCAGAGCCCCGACGGCAACCCGGCCUGGCUCAGCCCACGCGACCGCAAGAUUGGCAACCUGGUCGACGAGCUCCUGCAGGGCGGCGAGCCGGACAUUGACGCAGAGUUGGCCGAGGUGCGCGAUAACAACGACGACGACCGGCGAGGCGGCGGCCACAGCGGCAACGACGGCGACGGCGACGAGACCAUGGAAGACGCCGAGGACCACCACGGCGGAGGCCCCGGCGGUGCUGGAUCCGGCGCGACGGGCGGCGACGUCCGCGAAGAAGGGGAAGAUUCCCGCGAAGGCGGCGCCGACGGGGCAAGAGCAGUUUCGUCAUCCGCGCCAGACGCAGCAACAGUCGUUCGCAACCUACUAGCAUCGCUCGGCCAGCAGGGUAACCCGGGGGGCGGUGCGGGCGGUGCAGGCGGCGCGGGCGCCGGCCAGGCACGCGACAAGACUUACCCGCUGCUCAACGACUUGCUCGAGACCAAAGUCACCAUCCCCAUGGUUCGCAACGCCAGCGAGGAGUACAUCGAUGGCCUCCUCAACUACCUGCCGCCCACAGUCCUGAUUUUGAGCCAGCACGAGGCCGGCGAGGACGGCGGCGACCUGGUCGAGCCCACAGCGGAGACCGCUGCUGCUGCCAAGGCUGCCAUGUCCAUGGCCGAGAAGAAGAACCUGCUCGAAAAGGUGCUGCGCAGCCCACAGUUCUCGCAAAGCCUGGCCAGUCUGUCCAUGGCCAUCCGCGACGGCGGCCUGCCCAGCAUUGCGGACGCGCUAGCCAUCCCUGUGAAGAACCAAGGCUUCCUGACGGGCGGUGCCAUGCCCAUGGGCGGCGCCGAGGCCGUCGAGGCGUUUGUGGAGGGCGUCAAAUCGGCCGUCGAGGACAAGCUCGAGAAGCAGAAGCAGUAG